AUGGUGGCGAAGAGCUUGGCGACGAAGGCUUCCAUGGCGGAGCAGUUCCUGCAAUCCUCCUUUGCUGCGAAAACCCUAGAUCCGAAGCAGGUUGUUCUCGUUGAAAAAUUACAAGAUAUUGAUGAAGAUGCAGCUGCUAUUGCAAAUCUCUUCAAAACACUGAGAAAGGAAGAUCCUUCCUUUCAUCACAUGAUGGAUAUUGAUGAGGACAUGACGUUGCACAACGUAAUGUGGGUUCAUCCACGUAGUAAAGCCGCUUACGAAGAAUUUCAUGACGUUGUUAGUUUUGAUACAACGUAUCUUGUGAACCGGUACCAUAUGCCAUUUGCAACUGUGGUGGGCAUUAAUCAUCAUCAUCAGUCUAUACUAUUAGGUUGUGCUCUUUUGACACAUGAGCAAUCUGAGUCGUUCAAGUGGUUUUUUAGCAAUUGGUUAGACGCCAUGGGAGGUGUGGCGCCUACAGCCAUUCUGACGGAUCAAUGCGAGAGCAUCAAGAAUGCUUUGAAAGAGUUGAUGCCGGAUACCAUCCAUCGUUUCUGUAUUUGGCAUAUUCUACACAAGUUGCCAGAUAAGUUCAAGGCAAUUAAGGAAUCUAACAAGGCGCAAACGGCUUUCAAAAACAUUGUAUAUGAUAGCUUGAGCAUUGGCAAAUUUGAAGGAAGGAGCACGUUGAAGGCUUUUGUUGAGCAAUACGAGAUUGCUAUUACAAAUAAAACGCAUAAAGAGUUGGAGGCUGAUUUCAAGUCAAAGUCUACACACAUCACACGGCGAACUCAAUUUGAAUGGGAGGACCAAUUCGGUCGUGUUUACACAAACAAUGUGUUCGAGUUAUUUCAGAAGGAAAUAGACAAGAUGGUAUGUUGCAAUUUGACUGUCGUCCAACGAUCCUUGGCAGACGUGCUCAACGAAAUUGAGAGGUAUGAAGUAAGAGAAAAUGAAAUUAUUGGCAAUUGCUAUCAUAAGGAGUACGUAUACAGGGUUGAGCAUCGCUCGAAGGGUGGUUAUUUUGAAUGUGAGUGCAAGAAGUUUAAGAGUAAGGUUUUUGAGAAGUCAGUAUUUUAUAUCCGGAUAAUGUGGGAUUUUAUAUCUGUAUUUGAGUAUGAGUAUUUGAAUAAUUUGAGAUAA